AUGACGUCACGGGACGGCGGCCGCUCCUUCCGCGCCUGCGCCGCCGACGUGCGGGUGGCGCGUCGCCUCUCUCCCCUCCCCCUCCCCAAGAUGGCGGCGGCCACCAGCGGCGAGGCGGUUUGCGGCGACGGCCCGGCGGGCGCCAAGAGGGCUCAUCUGGGGAUCCCCGAGGCGGUCUUCGUGGAAGAUGUCGAUUCUUUCAUGAAACAGCCAGGAAACGAGACGGCAGACAUAGUGCUCAAAAAACUGGAUGAACAGUAUCAGAAAUAUAAAUUUAUGGAGCUUAACCUUGCCCAGAAGAAAAGAAGGUUAAAAAAUCAAAUUCCUGAAAUUAAGCAGACAUUAGAAAUCUUAAAGCACAUGCAGAAGAAGAAGGAAUCCACAAACCCAAUGGAAACCAGAUUUUUAUUGGCGGAUAACCUGUACUGUAAAGCGUCAGUUCCUCCUACAGAUAAAGUUUGCCUGUGGUUGGGGGCCAAUGUAAUGCUGGAGUAUGAUAUUGAUGAAGCCCAGGCGCUGCUAGAAAAGAAUCUCUCCACAGCCACGAGGACUCUGGAGUCUCUAGAAGAAGAUCUGGAUUUUCUUAGAGAUCAGUUCACUACUACAGAAGUCAAUAUGGCUAGAGUUUAUAAUUGGGAUGUAAAGAGAAGAAACAAGGACGACCCAUCCAAAAACAAAGCAUAGUUUUUGCCAACUUUAAACGUGGUUCUGAUUUUAAAAGUAUUUUCUUAUUUUAAACAGACCUUUAAGUUCAGCCUUUGAUGGGACUGAGUUUAGUUU